AUGUCGGGCCGCAACACCCGUAUGGCCCAAUGGUUGGAUUACCGAGUGCGCGUCACGAUCUCAGAUCAGCGAAUGCUGGUUGGCACUUUUAUGGCUUUCGACAAGUACAUGAACGUUGUCCUCGCCGACUGCGAGGAGUUCCGCAAGAUCAAGUCCAAGGGGCGUAAGGACGACGAGAAGGAGGUGAAGCGCACCCUCGGCUUCGUCGUGCUGCGCGGCGAAACCAUCGUCUCCCUGAUGGCGGAGGCACCGCCGCCGUCGGGGCCCAAGAAGCCGGAGAUCCAGCCGGGCCCGGGGCGCGGGCAGGUGGCUGGGCGCGGCAUGCCGGCCGCCCCGCUGAGCUCCGCGCCCGCCGGCCUCGCUGGGCCUGUGCGCGGCGUCGGCGGGCCGGCCGCCAUCCAGAUGCAGCCCAAGGCGGGCGCGCUGCCGGCGCCGGGGGGCGCCGCGCUGCCGCCCGGCUUCCCCGUGCGCCCGCCGGGGACCCGAUGCCGCCCAUGA